CGGGGGCGGCGGCCAGUCCGGCUGCAAGAUGCGCAUGGGCCCGGGAAGAAAGCGUGAUUUUUCGCCCGUGCUUUGGAGCCAGUAUUUUGAAGCUAUGGAGGAUGUUGUGGUAGAAAAUGAAACCGGCAAGGAUACUUUUCGAAUUUACAAAAGCGGAUCGGAGGGGCCUGUCUUGCUGCUGUUACAUGGGGGAGGCCAUUCUGCUCUUUCCUGGGCUGUGUUUACUUCUGCAAUCAUUAACAGGAUUCAAUGCAGGAUUGUGGCAUUAGAUCUCCGAGGCCAUGGAGAGACAAAAGUUAGGAAUCCUGAAGAUCUUUCUGCAGAAACUAUGUCAAAAGACGUGGGCAGCGUGGUGGAGGCUCUGUACGGGGACCUGCCGCCGCCGGUCAUGCUCAUCGGGCACAGCAUGGGGGGAGCCAUCGCGGUGCACACGGCCGCCGCCAAGCUCGUGCCGAGUUUGCUGGGGCUCUGCAUGAUCGACGUGGUGGAAGGUACAGCCAUGGAUGCACUGAACAGCAUGCAGAAUUUCUUAAGGAGUCGUCCCAAAACAUUCAAGUCUCUUGAGAAUGCAAUUGAGUGGAGUGUAAAAAGCGGACAAAUAAGAAAUCUUGAAUCUGCAAGAGUUUCUAUGGUCGGUCAAGUCAAAGAGUGUGAAGGGGCUGCCAGUCCCGAAGGUCCUAAAGCCAUAGUGGAAGGCAUUAUUGAAGAGGAAGAGGAGGAGGAAGAAGAUGGUGAAGGGGGAGGCUCUGUCAACAAAAGGAAGAAGGAAGAUGACACAGAGACGAAGAAGGAGCACCUGUACACGUGGCGAAUUGAGCUGGCAAAAACAGAGAAGUACUGGGAUGGCUGGUUCAGGGGCUUAUCCAACCUCUUCCUCAGCUGCCCCACUCCCAAGCUGCUGCUUUUAGCUGGUGUCGACAGGCUGGAUAAAGAUCUAACAAUUGGACAGAUGCAAGGCAAGUUUCAGAUGCAAGUCCUGCCGCAGUGCGGCCACGCGGUCCACGAAGAUGCUCCAGACAAGGUCGCGGAAGCUGUCGCGACGUUCCUGAUCCGUCACAGGUUUACAGAGCCCAUCGGUGGAUUCCAGUGUGUGUUUCCUGCUUGUUAAUACCCUGGUGUUCUGGUUAAUACCCUGGUGUUCUUCAGCACUGAGUCCCGUUGUAAAUAAACUGCACCAGAGGCCACUGUGA